AUGUCGAACAAACGACCUUUGUCACCUGAACCGACAAAUAUACUUUCCAAUAACGAAAAUAUACGAUCGUUGAAACGUUUAAAACUUCAUUCAAUCAUACAAGAACUACGAAAUGAAGAAGCGAAUUUAGUUCUAUUGAAAAAAUUGCGUUCAUGUCAACAAUCAGCAAAUCGAACAAAUAAUAAUAACACUAAUAAUACCAAUGCGAUCACUGCUCCUGUUACAACCAAUGGCUUUUAUUCAGCAGCAGCGGCAGCACGUGUUCCAACUAAUAAACCCUCGACACCUGUUAUUUCUUCAUCAGCAAAUUCUUCACUCUCGCGUUCGUCUCUUCCUCAGCCAUUAUCAUCGGCAACACGUAAACCUGGCAAUAUAGUCAAUGCUCCAUUACCAACAAAAAUACCUACACCUCUGCCAACUAAACCUUCAUCAGCAAUUCAACCACUUGAAGAACGUAAAACACAAGCGAAAAAAGCUUUACGUAAUCAACUUGAACGUGACCUAUUGAACAUUCCAUCGCCGAAACCAUUAAUCCAAGAUGUUCUAUUUAUUCCAAAUCCUACUAGUCUUGAGUUUCUACCAUACAUGGGCCUCGAAGACGUUGUACAAUGUUUAUCAGAGUUACAAACCGAUCGUCAACGUCUUCCACAACGCUUUACCGAUCGAGCACAAGUUGAUGAACCAAAUAUAUGUGAACAUUGUGGAACAGAUAACACAAUACGUUGGUGGAAACAUUUAAAUAAUAAUCAACAGAUUAAUAUCUUAUGCGAUCGCUGUAAGAAACAGGUUACACGACGAACAGCCAAAUCUGAACAUUCAGCUCUCUUGAAGAGCGUUUUCGUGUCAGCCAUGGAACAAGAGAAAGAAAUUGACAAAACCUUUCAAGCGCUUAUUAAACAGCAACAAAAGACUGCGCCUCGUUCGGUAACACCGUCUUCGACGAGUUCGUCACCUUCAGCAACAGCAAAACUAGUAACUAAUAAUCGUCCAGUCCCACCAGUCAUCACAUCUAAUCAUACUCAAAGUAAUAACAACCAUCAUAAUCAUCAUCACCACAACAACAAUCAUCAGCAGCAUCAUCAACAUCAGAAACCGAAAAUAAAAACACCGAUACCUCAUCAAGCACAAAAUUUCGCAACGAAACUUUCUCAACAACCAAAGUUGCCAAUAAAUGCAGCACGAAAAUCCAGUUCUAUCAUUCCACCACAAAUGAACGCAACAAAUAAUAUACGUUCGCUCCCACAGACUAAACCACCUAUGCCAACUCAUCAACAGUAUCGUCCAUCAGGUGCUCUACUUCAACAGCAGCAGCAACAACAACAAACACAGAAAAUAAAUCAGAUGAUCAAAGCGCCUAAGACUGCAGUGCGGCAAACACCUGUUGCUUCUUCUCGUCCAAUAUUUCCACCGGCAGGUGGAAUCAUUCCACCGUCAACAAUGCAUCCUUCACUGUCGUCAUCAGCGAACGCUCGACCUACGGCCACCAAACGACGAACACUUCCUUCAGUUAAUAUCAAAUAA